GCUGAUACGAAGCAGAAGGGGUUAUCGGCUGGCCCAGGAGAAGUCAGCUAAAUCGCUGGAGGAUUGGAGGAUUCGCGGAAGGCCGAGCGGGAUCGAUUUCUGGAUCACGGAAACGAUCAGGCUGAGACAUCAGAAUGGCUGAACGGAGCCAACCCAACCAAAUCGUGGCGAGAAAGGGACAAAGACCAGCGGUAAAGAAGGUAACGGGGGAUCCUUUGACGAAUUAUAACGAGGACUGCCCGGAUUGUAAACGAAAUAACAUCCUGUCGAACGAACGUUUCCCAUGCUGGACUUGCGUGGUGGCAGUACCGAACCAAGCAGUAGUGGUACCAGAAGAGGCGAGAAGGGGUAACCUCGAUGUGUUCCGGCAUUUGGUUACGGGAGACACAUGGAUGAAACUGUCACCAGAAGACCGGAUGAUAUUGGAAGAUAAAUACAGAAUGUGGGUCGGACGCAGACCGGGAUGGGAUAUCACCCUUGAACCGCCGAAAACACCGGAAGCGGAUGCGUUCAGGAAGAAGUUUGAAGAAGACACGAUGAGAAUGGUACAGGAAAAGCGCGAGGCAGAGCGAAAGCGCUUAGAAGAAAAGGAGAAAGCUGCGGCAGAGAAGGGUUUAGCCGAUGCAGCUAAAGGUCACGCGGGAAUUAACGUACCCGCCCCAUUCGCGAUACUGAAGAAACAAGAUGAAGGAGAAGCAGCUGUGAUCAGACAGUCACUGAUACAGCAGAUUGACAUCAUAUUGCAAGACCCACUGGCUGUGUCGAAAGAAGAAUAUAAGGUCUUCUUGGAUGAAAAGGUCAGCCUAACGAAAGGAAACAGACCAUCCCAGGUUAUCAAAAUCGCGAUCGAAGAACGAAUCGACAGGAUGCGAAACUUUCGAAAAAGAGAGAAAGAUGUGGUUGAGGCCCUUCGGAACUUCAAGAAAGAGGAGUUCAAACGCCCAAAAUCGCCUCAAAGAGAUGAUCGCAACCGCGGCUAUGAAAGGUCAUCAGACCGCUCCCGAGAAAGGUCAUGGGACAGACAUCAUAACGACCGAUACAGUGGAUACGCGAGAGAUACGCGUACGUCGGAGCAAAAGAGAAGGGAUGAAGAACGUAUCCGACGUGAAAAAGAACAAAGAGAAAAGCGCCGCCAAGAAGAAGCGGAAGAAAAGCGCUUGGCGGAGGAAUACAGGAAAAUCAACGAAACCUGUAAUAGGCAGCAGGAGAAGGAACGGGCUGCUAAGGAAACGCAGAAUCGCGAUUCACAGAAUCGAGAAGGAAGAAGUGAGGGCUCGAGUAAAUCAACAUCCUCAAAGGGGCCAUAUGAUCAAGAGUGGGUCCAGGAUAACUUGAAUAUGGAUGAUUAUGAGUUUGGAGAUAAAUCUUACAACAGUAAAAGGUCAUCCAGCUCAGAAAGCCACCGCACGCCUAAGAGCCCGCGCAGAAUGCAAUCAGUAGUUCAUUCUGUUUGUUCAACGUUCAAGUCAGCCGAGAAACAACCGGCACAGCAGAUGGAUGAGGUCAUGGAAUGUAGUCCAGCAUCCUCAAAUGUCAUUGAAGUCCAUGGAGACGAGGACAUGCGACCGUCGAGACGAAACAUCAUCUUCGAUCUGGAGCGACAACUUACAAGCGCAGAGACGGCGAGUAAUGCACCGCCAGAAUCGGAAUCAGAGAAGGGCGACCAGAAAGGUCAAUCAAAGGUCACGGCUCCGAGGAGACAAUCCCUACAAACCAUUGAGCUGGUAUAUGAAAUGAACGACAUCAUGGAACAGACGAACGAGAUUUGCCGUUCAGUGGGCAUUGCUCCGGAUAAUAAAGAAGAAUUCGAUAAGGUGUACUGGCUUCUCAUGAACUUGCGCCAGGUCAUCAACGAUUCGGGAUAUGCGAAGGAGUACGAGUAUGGGCAAUGGGAAGAUCUGAUCAUAACGCAAGAGUCAGCGAAUCUUCAUUACUUCCCGACGAGAGAAUGCGGCCUUGUCAGUUUGAUCGACCUGAGUCUCUUGGAAACACCGUUGGACACACCGGAUCCAACAGGAAUGACACAGUUCCAGUAUAGAGACAUCAAGGAAAGACGUCUGCACGUGGCACAAUUUGUGUUACGCCAUGUAAAUCCGGCGCUGAGACUCCUCGCAGGAAGGGCUGCGUUGGGAUUAGUGGUGAAACCAGAUUCGCCACCUGAUCACCGUGCCACGAUCCAAAAGAUUUUUGCAGCAAGGCUUGGCCAUUACGAAACGCACCACCAGUUGAGAAAGAGCGCUCAAAGAGGUACGGAGAUACCGCCGGCACUGAUUGCGCAGGUCAUAAAGUUGGGAACACCAGUAGCGAACUUCAGCACUUCGGAAACGGUCAAAAAGCAGCUGAAGGAUGUUCAAAGGGCGAUGACUUACGACGAAGAUCUUAGACGUCAAGCGCAAAUGCACGCUCACCGAUGUGCAGAACGGAUUAGAAUUACGAUGGGAACACGGUUCAUUCAGCCGUCCGACUUCGUCUAUGACUUCAUCCAAGAGAUCAGUGUCAACAAAAACAGUUAUCGACCCGAAAUUGCGCGACAGCCGCAGGACAAUGAAAUGAGUCGACGCGGACGAAGAAACCAACAGCUGCACUUGGAUUAUGUCGAAUUGUGCAAAGGUCACGAGACAAUCCAUACGAUGAAGGAUUGA